UGAGUGUGUUUUCUCCUUCACGCAUGGACUUGCAUAUUAACACCGAAAAUUUCCCUUUUCAGGUCGCGAACCAAACCUCGAAGAAUCUGAAGUUGCCCAGUUGAUUAGGCAGUCUCUGGAAGCUGACCGGGCACGAAUCGUCAACGACGACGGAGAAGAAAGCCAACCUGAAGAGAGUGAACCUCCAACCUCGCGAAGCAUGGAUGAAGCUGAGAUUAGGGCAACAGCGUUAGAACUGGAAUUGGAAAUGUCGCAGAAGAAAGCUGAUCAAAUGCAUGAAGUAUUGGAUAGCACAAAAUCGCAUUAUGAUCAGCUUGAGAAGAAAUAUGAUCAGGCCAAUCAGCUUUUGAGAAAUUAUCAGGAAAGAGAAAAGGAGCUCCUAUCCCGAGAGGAGAACCAUGUAGAACAGUUGAGAGAUAAGGAUGCCCACUAUUCUCAUCUUGUAGCUCAACUGAAGGAACGAAUUGAAGAAUUGGAGGCGAAACUUGAAGAAAUGGACGAACGACGGCAAACUAUAGCCAAUAACGAACUCAGCGAACUCAGGGAUAAAUUGAAAGUGAGAAAAUUAAUACUGCUAUCUGGUCGUUCGUAA